AAGGAGAAAACCACGCUGUGUCUUUUGUUGAAGAGGAUUAUCUGUUAGAAGACAUACUCUCGCUAGGAUACAUCCCAUAUUCGAAGCCUAUCUUUCUCAUAGCAUCACAGUAAGCUAUGGCUAGUGGUGCAACUGAAGAAGAUUCUUCUGGAGAAGAGCCACCAGUAGAGUCAGUACACUACCUGUUGUUGUCAGGAUUACCAGACACCAUUACAGCUGAUGGUGUAGAGCUGUUCUUGUCUAAUUCAUUUGAUGAAGUCAAUAAUGUGGAAUUACUUGAGAGUGGAACUGCUCGUGCUGAAGUUGUUGACGAUAAUGAAAGUGUUAAGGAAUUUUUAAAAAAUAAGCUCAAAAUUAAGAAGCAACAGAUUGAAAUCAAGCUUACAGAUCCACCUGAUCCUGCCAGUGUUUCUACCAGCACUGCAACUCCUGAUGCCUUGGGAUUAGAUUAUUAUCCUGAUUUGAUUGAAGUCACUUUUGAUGGUGAUAUUGAUACUGAUACUAUUCAGAUGUACUUUGAAAGCAAACGCUCAGGAGGGAAGAGGGAAAAAGUAGUUGAAUCUAUUAAGACGUUUGAAGAGGGUGUUAUCCAUGUUAAGUUUGAAUCACCAGAUGAUGCAUUAGCUGUUAUUUCACAAGGGGAGCAUUCAAUCAAAGUUAAAAAGCAGCCUCGUAAACUUGAUAUUCGCUAUGUCCCUCUUCCACCAGUAAAGGAAUAUGAUAAGAACAAGUUAAUAAUCAAGGAUAUACCAGAAGGAGUGGAAGAAGUGGUUUUAUCGAUGUUUAUUGAAAAGCACUUGGGAUUAGAUGAAGAUGAUUUUACAAUUGAUUUAAGAUCUGAUGUUGCUAUACUGCUUCUAGAAUCUUCUUACACUGAUGAAGAGCUAGAUGAAAUGGUUGAGAAAUUAGGAGCAAAAAAACUGCCACGAAGAAAGGAGCAGCUGACUAUUGAAAGAUGUGAAGUUAAUUACAGUAUUUACAUUGCUGGCAUCAGUAACAAGGGUCUUGCUUCAGAAGAUAAUUUGGAACUUUAUUUUGAAAGUUCAAAAAGUGGAGGAGGAGACGGUGUAGUUGAGAAAAUUGAGAUGCUAGCAAAAGACAAAGCAAAAGUGACUUUUAAUGAUCAUUCAGUUAUUCAAAGAGUUUUAAAGAAGAAACACCCUAAACUGGGUCCUAGUGUCAGUAUUACUGAAUGUUCAGUCUUGGACUCUUUAGACGAAAGUACAAUUGAAGAUGAAGAAGACGAAGACGAUAAAGAGGUGGAGGAGCCUAUUAAAAAGAAAUCAAGUCACAAAAGAGACAAUAAAACUGGAGAAAAGCCAGUAAAAGGACGUGAUAAGAAGAAUAAGCAAAAAAAGUCCAAAAAGAAAGAUAUUUGUAGCAGCAGUGAUGAUGAUGAUCGAUCAGAUGGUUCUUCACCUCCUCCUCUUGUUGAGAAUGGUACUUCUCCUCAAGUUCCACUCAAUCCUGUACACCAUCCGUUGGAUCCUCUUCUUGCUAAGUAUGUUCGUUUAAAGCCUGACAUUACCAAGGGCAUUGAAAUGGAGUUUCAAGUUAAGAUUACUGCAGCUGAUGCUGGUAUUAUUACAAUAUCACCUUCACCUUCCUCUCCUCCUGACUGGCCUGAAAAAGCUGUAGAUAUGAUGCAAGAGUUUAUCUCUAGUUCACUUACUAAAGUCGAUUUACCUGUUCCUCCAGAAGUUAGUAGUUCAGUUUAUCCAAUGGUAAUGAAAGAAUGCAAUGAUGAAGGUUUACAAUAUGCUUUUGGCCAAGGUAACAAUAAAGUUGCAAUAGCUGGUCAUAUUGAUGCUGUAACAAAGCUACAGCGCAAUGUUGCUGAACUAUGUGGCAGAAUGAUACAAAGUGUAGAUGAGAUUGAACUUUCAAAGGAAGACUUUACGUACUUCAAGGGUUGGGCUUUAUCUCGAGUUCAGCAGCAACACAAAGCAUUGAAGCUGCAAUGUCAUGAUGAUCGUUUAUCAGUAUCUAUUGAUGGUUCUAUGAAAGAUGUGGACGAUGUUAAGUCUAAGUUACCACAGUAUUUAGUUCAUAGUAAAGUUCCUGUUAGCCUGCAACCAGAAGCAUUGAAGUUUUUGCAUGAUGACCAACCAGGAAGACAAAAGCUUAAUACCAUGCUCAAAGGUCAUCCUGAAGUCAUUCCUUAUUUUGCUAAUAAUGCAAAUAAUCAGCUCUUCUUCUUUUUACUCUGCUCAAAUAGCUAUAUUGAUAAAGCUGAGCAUGUAGUAACAACUAUUCAGCAAGAAAUAGUAGUCCAGUCUAUUGACUUGCCACAGUCAUUUUUAAGACAAGUAUCUGAUUCCAAGUUUGCAUCAUUUCAAACUAACCUUGCCAAAAAAUAUUUCUUUUCUGCCACUGUACAUCAGAGCAAACUUACAUUAGUCAGUACUCGUAGCAGUAUAGCUGAUGUUAGUAGAGAAUUUCAUACUUUUGUUACUGAAGCUUGCUCUGUCACUGAUGUAAUUCAUUUUAAAAGAGGAGUUUGGCGUCUGUUGCAUUCAACUUCAAUGGAGAAAAAAUGGACUGAUCUUUUGGAAAAUAUGAAAAUGAGAGGCAUCAUGAUUGUUUUCUCUUCGAAACCAACAGCCCAAAAACCAUGCAUUAAGAUUAAAGGAGAGGUACAUAAUUUGGAGUUUGCAAAUGAAAAAAUUAUGGAGUUCCAAGCUGCUGUGAAAGAGAGACAGGUAACAAUCUCUCGUCCAGGAAUGGGUAAAUAUUUUUUGAGUAAUCCUCAAGGCCAGACCAUGCUGAAAGGUAUUGAGUAUGAAGCUAAUGUUUGUAUAGAAGUUGAAGUUAGUAAAGAAAAUUUUGGAGAUGAUGAGCCUUCCAUGACAGCUGGUCGAAGUUUCAAAAAUAUUGGUUUUGGAACUACUCCUGAGAUGAAGAGAGUGAAUGUGAUAGUUGGUGAUAUCACAGAGUUUGAUAGAGCUGAUGUUAUCGUUAAUGCUGCUAAUGGCCAACUAGCUCAUGAUGCUGGCAUAGCUGCUGAUAUUGUAAGAAGAGGAGGUCCAGCAAUCCAAGAAGAUUCAAGAAGGUACAUUGAUAAGAAUGGAAGUCUUUCUGAUGGAAAAGCUGUUCUCUUUCCAAGAGCUGGUAACCUACCUUAUAAGGCAAUAGUUCAUGCAGUGGGUCCAAUAUGGAAUAGAUUUGGAGAUAACUCCAGAGGAAUAGCAUUAUUAAAAAAGGCCGUGCGCCAAAGUCUUGAGAAGUCCAGGAGUUAUACCUCAAUAGCUAUCCCAGCAAUAAGCAGUGGUUUGUUUGGUUUCCCAGUUGAUGUGUGUGCUGAUACUAUUCUGAAAGCUAUUGUUGAGUUUAGUAGUGCUGACCAUGGCUCACAGCUUAAUGAGAUUAAUAUAGUUAUUUUUGAAGAUAACGUCAAUGAGUUUUUAAAAGCAGCUGAGAGAGAAUUAAAAGGUUUCCAGUCUUAUAGCUCUACUCAAAGUUCAUUGUCUUCCUCAUCAGCAGCAGCUCCUUCAAUUCAAACUGCAUCAACUCCACUAAGCAAUGGUAGUGCAGGACGUCGUAAAAUUAGAGGAUCGACCACACCAACCACACUGACUGCUCCAACUGCAACACCAGGCAGAGUAUCUCAGGUUACUCCAGCAGUAUUUUUACCUUUGGUUAAAAUUACAAAUGGAAGUAUUAUACAGCAUCAGGAAGAAGCAAUUGUGAAUACUACAGACACUGAUCUUGGUUUUGGAGGGCUUGUGGCUAAAGAAAUAUUGAAAAAAGCUGGUUCUAAUCUGGAACAAGAAUGUUCUGAGCUUAAGCCAGUUGCUGUUGGUAGCGUAACUGUUAGUGGUGGACACAACCUGAAAUCAAAACACAUUCUUCACGUUGUGUUGCCUGGAUAUGAUGGACCUAAUGGAAAUGCUGAAACGGUAUUAAAACAAGUUGUAUACGAGUGUCUAAAAGAAUGUACUCGUCUUAAACUCAAGAGUUUGUCAAUGCCUUCUAUUGGAGCUGGUAACCUGAAGUAUCCAAAUGAUGUUGUGGCUAGAGUAUUAAUGGAAGAAACAACAUCAUUCUUUCAAAAGAAUCAAGGAAAGACGUCACUUCAGUUGGUUCACUUUGUCAUAUUUGAUCGGAAGAUUUAUAAUGAAUUUCAAUUAGUUUAUAAGAAUAUGAGCUCCCCCUCCACUACCAUUGUUCCUAGUUCUGUCACACCCCCUUCACAUCAUAAUGGUACGUCAUCUUUUGGAUCCCAUCAGAGAAAAGUACAAGCUUCUAGUCAAUCAACAGCCUCCUUCCCACUUCCUCACGGUCUUAGUCUAGAAUUGCUGCAAGGUGACAUAUCAGAUGAUGAUUCUGAUGCUAUUGUUAAUACAACUCAAGAAAAUUUAAAACUAGUUGGUGGUGGUGUGUCAGGUGCAUUACUAAAGAAAGGUGGUCGGGCAUUACAACAUGCCUGUGAUAGUGCUGUUGCUAAAGGUAAAACAGCAAAAGAGGGUAAGGUUGUUCCUACUAAAGCUACUGGUAGUCUGAAGUGUAAAGAAGUGUUUCAUAUUGCUUUUCAUGGUGGGAGGAAUUUAAGUAAAACUGUUCUUGCGUGUUUAGAGCUAGCAGAAAAAAAAAGGUUUUCUUCAAUAUCCUUUCCAGCUAUUGGUACUGGAACUUUUGACUUUCCACCUGCCGAUGCUGCCAAAGCAAUUGCUGAUGCAUUGCAGAAGUUUAUUUCAUCACAGCCAAAGCAUGUCAAAGUAAUGCGAAUGAUUGUAUUUCAAGCUCACUUGUAUAAAGAUUUUGUUGGUGCUUUUAAAAAAAUUGGAGACUCCAGUGGUGGUUUAAUGAGUUACAUAUAUAAUGGUAUGAAAGCUGCAGUGAAAUCUUUAUUUGCCUCUAGUAGUGAGAGCAGUGAUGAUGAUGACCCUGGUAAGAUGGAAGCAGAACCAAUUAAGACUCCUAAUAUUGAAGAUGAAGAAUUUGAAGAUCUUGGGGAAGAUGAAGUUGUUGCAGGAAUGCUUGCUAAACUUUCUUUGGCUUCAGAAGUGACACUUCACAUUUAUGGUGAGACAGAUUCAAUGGUCGGAAGAGCAGAGAAGAAAUUACAGUCUACAAUUGCUACAACAUUUCAUACCGAGGAAAUUGCUGAUCCUAGUAUCACUGCUUUCUCUGAUGAAACUGUGAUUGAGCUUGAAUCAUUUGCUAGAGAUCACAAUGUUGAUAUUGAAAUUGAUCGAGAUCCUAACCUUUAUUCAGUUAACCUUCAGGGAUUUUUUCAAGAUGUUAUGCUUGUCAAAGAUAAAAUUCGUGAUAUGACGUCUACUAUAACUCAAGAGCAAUCGAAUAAAGCUGCUGCUGCCUUAGUUUCUAAAACUGUCUGUUGGAUAAGGAUUAAUCCAGAUGAUGAAAAGGAAGAAGAGUAUGGUGAAAUACAAAAUUAUGAAAUUGAGCAAGCUUUUCAAAACAAGAAGAAAAUUUAUGAUGCUGCAGAUGACAAUUUUUUUAUAAAUUUUGGGAAAAUGGAGGAAAGAGAUAAAGUAACUGAUAAAACUGCUAUUGUUAAGCGUCUAGAUCUCACAAUAGCACAAGAACAACCUGAUAACUGGGAUCCAAUGCCUCAGGACUCUCAAGGGAAAGAAAAGCGAUUUCAUUUUGUCACACUACCAGCUACUGGUCCUGAAUACAAAACUGCUGAGACAGCUUUCAAUACAACAAUGGCUGGAAAAUAUGCUAAGAUUCUUAGCAUUCAAAGGCUACAGAACCCGACCUUGUACAAGCAGUAUGCAGUUAGGAAGAAAGAAAUGGAAAAACACAAUCCUAAUGGUCAUCAAAAUGAACGGCUGCUCUGGCAUGGUACCAGUCCUGAUACACUGGAUAAGAUUAACACACGUGGUUUUGAUCGUAACUUUGCAGGAAAAAAUGCUACUGUGUAUGGUAAAGGAGUGUAUUUUGCUCGUGAUGCAUCAUACUCUCACAGAUACACAUCACCUGAUGCUAAUAGUGUUCGUCAUAUGUACUAUACUCUUGUUCUUACUGGUGAAUUUACUGUUGGUAAUAAUUCAAUGUUAGCUCCUCCUCCAAAAAAUCCUCAAGUUGAUCCUAAUGUUACGUUUGAUGCUACUGUUGAUAAUGUUGCUGAUCCAUCAAUUUUUGUAGUUUAUCAAGAUGCUCAAAAUUAUCCAGCAUACAUGGUUAACUAUCAAUGAAUUUAUGAACUUAGACUGUGUACUAGUUUAGGCCUUUAGCUUUAUUUUCUAUUAGAUUUAUCUUUAGUAUUGAUUAUUAGACCUACUAGAUCUAUAUGACUAUAGCUU